AGAGAGAGGAUGAAUGAAUGAAUGAAUGAAUGAACGAAGGAGCGUGCAUGUGCGUGCUUGCUGGCUUGCGCGCAAAGGAGACUGUGCAGAGCAGCCUCCGUCUUGCUCCUUCUUCCGGGCUCAAACGAGGGUCCUGACGUCUCCAGGCUGUUGGGGAGCGGCACACCCACAGACCCAGGAGGCGGGGGGUGCAGAGAAAGAAACAUCCAGGAGGGAGCGACCCCCAACAGCAGCAGCAGCAGAAACGUCCCGAGCCGCCCGCAGUGUGCGUUUUGCGUCGCUAGUUUGCAACGACGGGGGUUGACCAUUGCAGUUGCGCCCCCUCUCCAAUGCCGGAGGAGCGCUGGCCUUUUCUUGCUUUGCCUUUUUUUAUUGGAUUGCAAACCGACGCUUGGGGGGGGGGGAGACUCUGCUGGGGAGGGGGGUGUUGCUUCCCGUUCGCUCCGCUUUCCCUCCUCUCUUCCUUCUUCCUCCUCCUCCUUGCAAGGUCCCGGCUGCAAGAGCCGCGGCAAAAGAAGACCCUGACGUGAAGGGGACAUUGAGGGGAGGGGAGGGGGGGAGAAGCAGGCACCGAUCUUCCCUCCCCAACUCCGCCACAAGACAACUUCGAGAACUGGAAUAACGCGACUGGGAUAAGCGGCAAAGCCUGAUCUCCACCAGCCAUGGAAACCAGUCAGGACUCUUCUCUGUUCCUUGUGAACAUUUUGGAGGAGCUGGAUACCAAACAAAACUCUGUCUCCUACCAGGAUCUCUGCAAAUCGCUAUGUGCUAGGUUUGAUCUGUCCCAGUUGGCCAAGCUGCGGAGUGUGCUUUUCUACACUGCUUGCCUAGACCCUAAUUUCCCCGCCACCUUGUUCAAGGACAAAAUGAGGUGCAGCGUGAACAACCAGCAGUCGAAGAAGAUCAUGGUUGCGGCAGACAUUGUGACGAUAUUCAACCUCAUACAGAUGAACGGCGGCGUGGCCAAGGAGAAGCUUCCUGUUUCGCGGGGAAAGAUGGGGAAGAAAGAGUCUCUGGAGUCCUGCCGAUCGGACACAGAAGUGUGCAAUAUGGUGGACUGCGUGCUCAACUGCGAGCUGAGGGAUGGAGAAUUUAACAGGGGGUAUUCAAACAGGAGGUCGUCCAAAUGCAGGAAAGGGGAUUGCAAGGACUGCCCGCAGUUCGUACCUGCUUCCGAGCCCAACUUUCUGCUUGGGGUCAAUAAGGAGAUGAAAGGGCGAGCGGCUUCCCUCGACCGACUGCAGGCCUUGGUGUCCUACACCAUUGCCAGCUCUCCCCCCUGCGAAAUGCAGAGCACAUAUUUCCCCAUGAACCUCGAAACCGAGUCUAUAUCUGACCAGGACUCCUUGCCCAUCAGCGCGAGCAUCAAGGAGGCGUUCAUUUCGAACGACGAGCCGUUUGUGAUGCAGUCGUGCGUGCAGAAGCGGAACAUCUUCAAGGAGGACUUCCACAACCUCAUAACCAUUUCGCCCAGCUUAAUGUCGCCCACUCGCAAAGCAGAGGAAGAGCUCGUCGAACCUCCGGGCAGGAAAGAGACCUCCAAGCAGGCAUUUUUCAACCACAGUUUUGAGAUGCCCUACAGCAGUCAAUACUUGAACCCGAUUUAUUCUCCUGUGCCUGAUAAAAGGAGAGUCAAGCAUGAAAGCUUAGACGAUCUCCAGGCUUCUACUUACUUUGGCCCGACGACCGUUCUCGGACCGCAAGAAACCAAACGGUGGCUGGGGAAGCCAAGCAAACAAACUCCAUGGCCGGUCAAAAGCUGGAGUUUGAACACCGAAGAAGUACCUGAUUUUGAAAGGUCCUUUUUCAACAGGAAACAGUCCGAAGAGAAUCCACUGUACCAGGGUUCAAACAGCCAGCCUUCCAAUUUCCCAGCCACAGAGAGGCGCCAGCCUUAUCUCAACCCCAAGGAUCAGCAGUCAAUGAUGCAGUCUGGCUACGCCAUGAAACCGAACGGGCAUAAACCCAAAGACAUCCCCUCCAUCUUGGAAGUGGAGAAACACGAGCCCAUGAAAAAGUUUAAAGACAAGAGUAUUAACUGCACCUCCAUCCAGCUUCUGAGCAUUGACAAAACGAACAGUGUUGGGACACAGACAGACCAACAGGGGCUGGAACACAAGAAGUGCAAAGAGAUGGUCCACCCCAAUCAGAAUAAGUACGGAGAGAGACAUUCUCUUAAGCAGUCCGAUGACGACUCUGAAAUUGUCAGCGACGACAUCAGCGAUAUCUUCCGGUUUCUGGAUGACAUGAGCAUCUGUGGGUCUACCGGGGUGAUGCAGUCGUCGUGUUACAACAGCACCGGCUCGCUUUCUCAGAUACACAAAUCGGACUGCGAAAGCUCCCCUGAACACCACUUAGCUAAAAUCUCCAACGGCAAUGCCGGCAACAAGCUGGAAAAAGUCUCGCGCCUGGAGAUCAGCGGCACAGACGACGAGCUGAAAACCAGCGUCUGCAAACUGGUUCUAAGGAUUGGGGAAAUCGAAAAGAAACUGGAGUCUCUCUCCAGUGUCAGGGAUGAAAUUUCCCAAGUCCUGGGGAAGCUGAACAAGUUGGAUCAAAAGAUUCAGCAGCCAGAGAAAGUGAGUGUCCAACUGGAUCUCAAUUCCUUGACCAGUGAGGUUCAGUCUGAAGAAAGUACCUCGCCCAGGAUCUUUUCGUGCCAUAAUUCUUCGCACGGAGGCAAACUGGAGAAUAAUCCGGACUGGUGUUGUUCGGAUGCCAGUGGCAGCAAUAGCGAAAGCCUCCGGGUCAAAGCCUUAAAAAAAAGCUUGUUCACCAGGAGGUCUUCGAGGUCCCUGACAGAGGAAAACAGUGCCACAGAAUCCAAGAUAGCUAGUAUAUCUAACUCCCCUAGAGACUGGCGAGCUAUCACAUAUACAAACCAAGCUGGAAUUACGGAGGAAGAUAUGAAAGACAGGGGUGGAGGCGAGAACAAAGACUGGCACAGAAAAUCCAAAGAGGCAGAUAGGCAAUAUGAAACCCCACACGCCCCAAGGCACUCCAAGCAACCCAAAGAUGGCUUCUUGAUUGAGCAAGUCUUCAGCCCCCACCCUUACCCGGCGUCGCUCAAGUCGCACAUGAAGACCAACCCCCUCUACACGGACAUGCGGCUGAUGGAACUGGCGGAAGUGAAGCGGGCUCAGCCGUCGUGGACCAUUGAGGAAUAUACGAGGAACUCGGGCGAGAAAGGAAAGUUGGCCGCUCUGGAUCUACAAACUCAAGAAUCUUUAAACCCCAACAAUUUAGAGUACUGGAUGGAGGACAUCUAUACCCCAGGCUAUGACUCGUUACUAAAGCGCAAAGAAGCUGAAUUCAGAAGAGCAAAAGUUUGCAAAAUAGCUGCCCUGAUUGCAGCCGCAGCCUGUACUGUUAUCCUUGUCAUUGUCGUUCCCAUAUGUACUAUGAAAUCGUGAAUUUGACGAUGGAUGAAUAAAUCCAUCCUGUAACAUUUGCUCCAGAUAUUCCAUUCAGUCUUUUAAAUAAUCACCUUAUGGCAAAAAUUGUAACCGUGAACUGGGAAGGAUGCGCUGAGCAAUCCCAGCGAGGGAGCAUGUAAAGACAUUUGGGGUUUGUUUGUUUCUGUUUCUGUUUUUUGUUUUUUAAAGAAGAGAGUCUUUUUAAAAUAACAAAGCACCUGGCAGACAAUGCUAACUAGGUUUAAAUUUUUACACAUUAUUACAAGUGGAAUUCUUUUCCUCUCUUUUUUUCCCCACCCUUUGAAGAGAAGAUAAAAUAUUUUGCAAGACUGGCUGUGGAUGAAGAAAGAGGUUCCUCUCACUCCUCUAUACUGAGAGAGAUGUUAUACUAAAGUUAUCUAGAUUGACUGCUAACCAUCCUGUACAAAUAUGCAUCUCGUCAGACAGAUAAGAGCAGUGAUACUGCACUCCAAAGUAUGAACAACCUGAAUGUAUUUUUGUGCUGGUUCUGUUACGUAUUCCUCGUUUGUCCAGUUUUGAAAGCAGAUUGGUUGCCAUGGGACAGGUGUGUUCCUACAUUUGGAAUCGAUAAGGGCUCUUCGUAACAAGGUCUUCCCCUCAGAACCUCCUUUGUUAUCACUGAGUACGUUGGUGAAGCGUCAUCUGCUGUAGACCAAAAAGAUCCAAAAGGGUUUUUUAUUGCUUGCAUUAAUAAUCACAUUUCCAAAAAAAAACCCGGCAUGUGCUUCCAGCCCAAAAAAGGUUGCAUUGUUGUUGUUUUACCUCCACCAAUGGCGUACAAAUGUUGCUCUUUUGUUCCGUUCCAGUCAUGGCGAAAUCCAACAAAUUCAGGAGGUGUCCAUUGUUCUGCUGCGAUGGUUGGAAUGCUUAUAACCAGAAUGGUUGUAACUUUAGAGAAGUUUGCACAGUUGCUGUUGGUUUCUUGGUGCGGAGAGGAAAGGAUCCAUGCACAGGCAACAUCAUUCCUGGUGACAUGCAUGUUGUCUGUGCAGCCCUAUCACUUGUGCAGUCAGUGCACAUGAGAGAGGCCAUGUGCAUGUGUCAGCUGUUUGCGCAUGGAGCUCCGACACAUGAGGGCUAGUCUUGGACCCAUCAGGAUCCUCCAUUGUGUGGGAAAUCUCUAUGCAUGUGCAUUGAUGUGGCACAUAUGCCCAAUGUAUGUAUGGGUGGUGGGACCUAGCCGGUUCGGUGCAUAGGCAGUGGAAGGCUGGCUGUUGGCUGGAUCCCCUGUCACUCUUCUCUGUUGAACUUGUGAGGAGGUUUGUUACUUUCACAACAAAUAUUUUGUGCCUUUUUAGAAUGUAAACGAACAGGAUGGGUCAUUUGUGUUUUGUGGUCAUCAUUGUCGUUUUAAUACUUUUCAUUUCAUAACAAAGCGCUGCAUCGGGCCGGCAGUGCAAAUCCUGCAUUAUGUUUUUCAGGUCUAGAACUAAUACAGUAUUUUCAGUGCAUGCUUAAGCGUGCAAACCAAGAGUUGUCUCCAACUAGGUCCUGCUCAGAGUAGACCCACUGAAAUUAAUAGACCUGCAUUAGUCAUGUUAAUUAACUUUGGUGAAUAUACUCUUGAGUAGAAAUAGCACUGGCUACAGUUCCCAAGUGUUUUGGGAGAAGCAUUGUAGAAAGAUGCUGAGAGGUCUUAUGGGAUCCCCAUUCGCCUCUACAAUUCUCUGUGGAAAGGAAUUGGUUGUUAAACCACCCUGUGGAGAACAGGGUUCUCCUAACAACUCUCAGCAUCCUUAAUGAACUACAGUUCCCAGAAUUCUUUGGGAGGAACCAUGACAGUUUUAAAGUGGUAUCACAGUACUUCAAAUGUAUGGUGUGAAUGUGGCCUAACUUAGGUUCAUUGUUUUUGUGGUUCUACUGUGGAUCCCUAUUCCUCUCAGAAAGCCACGUUUCCCAGAGUUCCCUGGGAAAGAGCAUGAGCUGUUAAACCACUCUGGGAAUUGUAGAUCUGGGGGAAGAACAGUGGUCUCCUAACUACUCUCAACAGUUCCCAGGAUUCUUUGGGGUUGGGAAGCCAUGACUGAAGUGCAGUGCAGUAAACAGUGCAGAUGGGACCAUUGUUUUUAGGGUUGGAUAUUGCUUUCAGCUGCCUGUGGUAAGUGUUCCUCAUAUUUUGAAAUAGUGGGUGCUAUUUAGCCCCAACUACAGCUGCAUAUCAUGCACCCAUGCGCUGUAAUGUUUUGACAGUGCUCAGAUCAGCCCGGAAACAAAAUGUCUCCUUUUGAAGCGAUGACUCCUCUAUGACGACUGUGAACCAACCAGUGUCUGGAUCCGAGUGUGCAAAUUUCAGCGUAUGACGUUUGCUCUGCUUGUUUGUUUUGGUGCCGGCCAGUGUCUUUUCAGGCACUUCUUCAGGUGGUCUCCCUUUCCAGGAUAUGGAAUGAGUAAAACCUAAAGGUUGCUUCAGACAUUGUGACAAGAGGCUGUGCAUUGGGGAAACCACAGAAUCAGGGUAUGGUGUUUGUAGGGAUGGGCAAAUCCUGUCAAUUUCAAUUUCUCUCGCUUUCUCAUUUUCCCCAUCCUAAAUUCACUUCAGGGACGCGGGUGGCGCUGUGGGUUAAACCACAGAGCCUAGGACUUGCCGAUCAGAAGGUCGGCGGUUCGAAUCCCCGCAAUGGGGUGAGCUCCCGUUGCUCGGUCCCUGCUCCUGCCAACCUAGCAGUUUGAAAGCACGUCAAAGUGCAAGUAGAUAAAUAGGUACCGCUCCGGCGGGAAGGUAAACGGCGUUUCCGUGCGCUGCUCUGGUUUGCCAGAAGCAGCUUAGUCAUGCUGGCCACAUGACCCGGAAGCUGUCUGCGGAAAAAUGCCGGCUCCCUCGGUCAAUAAAGCGAGAUGAGUGCCGCAACCCCAGAGUUGGUCACGACUGGACCUAAUGGUCAGGGGUCCCUUUACCUUUAAAUUCACUUCCCCACAUUACUGCAUCUGUUUAUUUGCAAAAAUUCAUCAAUAGUUCAGUGUCCCCCCCCCUUAAUGCACACAUUUUUGAUACAAUUGUGCGUCAUUUCCUCCUUUUUUGCAAGCAGUUCCCACUAACGCAAUGCAUUUGUGCAUAUUACUUUCACUGAGAUUGAUCCCCCACUUCCCCCUGGUAGAUGCAUUUUGGCUUCCAUCAUUUGGUAGGAGAACUUCACUGCAAAAUUCAGAGGAGUGGGAAUUUUGAAGGAUGGUUGUGUUUUCGGUUUGCAUAUAGUUUCAGUAAGCACAGAUUGUGUGUAUUCACCUGCAAAUGCAAGCCAAAUCAGAUUUCUCCCCCAUCUUUAGGUGCUUAGGCCUCCGAAGCUUCUUCAGGUGUAGGAGGGAAUAGGAAUGUGCAGCAGAGGCUCCUGCAAUUGGCAGGCAGUAAGAAACCCUGGAUUGGCUGAAACUGGGAUAAGUCCUAGGAGCCAAGUACUCCACACUUUCCUUACCAAAAGGUGUAAGGUACUGAAUCUGGGUGCAGCCACACACAGUCCUGACCUGGCUCUGGCACAUGGCUUAGAAAGGCCACCUACGCAUUGCCAAAAAUAAAAUAGAGAACGCAUCGCCAUACGAAGCGCAAAAGAGGACACUGAUCUGCAUUACCCUCACCUGGUAAUUUAUACGCAGAGAUGCCAGUUUGGAGAGAAUUGCUAUAAUUUAAGUAGAAAUACCAUGCAUCUCAGCAUAAUGAGGGAGACUGUGAUCAGGAGACCCAUCUGCUUGCUCAGUCUGCUGUCCAGAUGUUAACUCUCGGUGAGCAACUUCAAGCACCCUCUUUCCCUUUUUCAUGGUUCUUCCAUCUUGAAAUGUAGACCUUGCCCCGGUAACCUUUCGUAUAGAGGACUCCUUCAGCGAGAGCAGGGGUGGCCCACUCCCAAGCGACUGCGAUCUACUCACAGAAUUAAAAACUGGCAGUGGGGGAUACAUGUGAAAGUUGUUGACCUUUCUGGGGAAGGAAAGCCCUGUUUUGGGGGGAUUCAGGUCAAAGUUGUUGAGCUUUCUUUAGGGAGGAGAAAAGCCCCCCCUUUUAGGAGUUCAGGUUAAAGUUGUUGAACUGGAGGAAGGUCCCUUUGGGGGGGUGACAAAGAGGAACAGCCACUCACCAACAGAUUGCUGGGGAAGCAAACAAUCUCAUUGAGGAAACUCCGUCUUCCGUUCUUCAGAUCGUGCAACAAUGGAGGGCAGGGCGAGAGGGCAGGGGCGGAAAGGGACUCAGCAAUCGACCACGAUCUACCAAAACCUCCCGGGGAUCUACUAGUAGAUUGCGAUCGACCUGUUGGACAUCCCUGAGUUAGAGGAUCGCCCUCUAUAAAGUGGGACACAUGGCCAUCCUUCAUGCACUGCCUCUUCUGCUGCUUGUACGUCAUCUUGCCGAAAGGUCUGACGCCUCUCUCUUAACUGGCAGCAUGCAGAAGAAGACCUGCUGGAUAAGGAACAAAAAGAGCAGAUCAACAAAAUGCCAAACUGACUCCCCCCCCCUCUGUGUUGAGAAUCCAUCAGGUUUUCGUUGUUUUUAUUUGCCUCUUUUAGCAUCUCACUUUGCAACACUUCUUAAGUGAACUGAAUUCUUCACUUUGCAAUAAGUUAUGUGCAAUGCCCACUGUAGAAGGUUGUUGUCUCAAGCAUGCUUUUUUGGGCGGGGGGAGUUGUCCUUGAUUCCAGGAUAUCUCAUGUCACGUGUUCUAUUUCUAUUUCAUUUUGGCAUUUUGCUGUUUUUGGAAAAUUCAUUGUAAAUGUUAGCUGGGUGUCAUGUGGAGGUUGUUCAAAAGUGCAUCUUCAUGGGC